CGUGAAAGAAGGUUGUGAAAAAGUACUCAUGCGUAUUAAAUAUUGGAAACCGGAUCAAGCGUGAACUAGUGUUGUCGGAGAGAUCAGGUAACCGACCAGAGGAUGAACUGCUAUCUCCUCUUUUGUGUUGUAAUUGUGUUCCAAACCGCUGCCAUCGCUACACAGAGCUUAGAAACUCGCGGACAAGGCAUAACGUUGCGACACAAGCGGGCUUCAGUAAGCAAAAACAUCACUUGUACUGAAGAGGAACUGAAGAAACCCACCGGCGCCAUUUUAAAAAGGCGAAAGCAAAGUAUCGAGAACGAUUCCUCGACUUUCCUUCCAGGUGAAGAGGCUGUUUUCGUAUGCAAAGAUGGAUAUCGACUGCAGAAUGGUCAACUCAAAUCAUACACCUGUAAAGCAGACGGAAACUGGACUUUAAACGCUAAGAACAAGUCAGAGGAUGGUAAGUGUGUUUGUGAUUUCAAAGGUAACUCGGGGUAAGAAUAUUUGCAUUACAGUCGACAACGAAUUAAAAGUUUACUAGUUAAUCAAGCUCCCCAGAUUAACGGUGUAGGAGGUCAAAAUACCUCUUGGUUAAAUAUGUUGUCUUAAUACCGGAAUCUUGUGUUUGGUAAAUGUCUUAUUGGGGCUAAUUGUUUUAAAGAUGAAUAAAACCUCGACAAAAACACGUAGCAAUAACUUAACAUGCAAAUAAUAUGUAAAUUAUGCGCACUAAACAGUACAGCUGUUCAGAAAGUUGUCUUCUAAGCUGACUUAAGGAUUCCUUGCGAUAAAUCUGGUGACCGAAAAAUAGUAAUUACAACUACAAUUUUAAGAAAGACUGAGUAGCAGAUAAAAUCAAAUUUUUUUAAAUUUUAUCUUGUGAUGUGAUUUUUCUCUAGGCUUUUGUCAGAAGGAUCCCUGUGGUGCAAGGGUCAUAGACGUCACUGGAAGAGCCACAGGAGUCCUAACUAGCGAUAUAUUCCAGCAAAGUCAAUCUGACGCGAUUGUGAAUUGUAGUCGGACACUUAAAACGCAAGAUCCGGGCUUUUACAUUAAGUUGCUUUUUGAAAACUUCACCUUACCCGAGGACUGUACUCAAGAUUUUGUGACAUUGGAAAAAGUACGAUUUUGGGAUUUCAAAAAUGAGAAUUGCCCCUGCGAGGAGAGUAAAUCUGUUUGUAGGUUUAGUGGCAAGCACGCCCCAUCCCUCUCUCGGUCCGUCACAAAUGAAACAACGGUGAACUUCUACUCGUCAAACCCAGCUAAGUCCUACUUCAAAGCGAUAUGGUUUAACGUGAAUGGUUUGUUUCCGGAAGGAGUUGUUCCCGCUCCGGACCCCACUGAGAGUCCUGAAAUCGUGAAUUCCAAGCUCGAACUGACAACAGCACCUGAGUCGAAUACAUCCUUCACAGUUGCCCUCAUCCUGUUUACACUCAUAUUUUUCGUUAUCGGCGUCGUGUUGGCGUGUAAAGUUGGCCAACGGUAUCUGGGGCCCUCAUGCAGCUUUGGUGCCUUUUUUGCUUGGGUCUCAAGUUUACGCACUUCCCAGGCCCCAUUAUCGACGCAACGCGGUGCAACGUCCUCAGAAGAAAGAGGCUUAAUGACAGACACUGACAGUCCCCUCGUAACGGAGCGGGUUGUCAUACGGGGAUUACAGCAUUCUCCGUCAACAGAGGAUGAAUCGAGUGCAUCUUCUCGUGAAAGCUUACAGAAUGUUGUCUGAUGGAGUGAAUUCGAGUUGCGCCGGAAACUUCAAGUUAUCUGUAAUUAGAACCAAGCCAGCAAAAUUUCGAGGGUCCGGAGCCUUUUUCCAAUCGGAGGUCGUGUCGUAAAGAAGAAUAAGUUUAUAUGAAACUGCGAGAAGUUGAAAUCUGAAAGCAAAACUCAGAUUUGUAGAAUGGCGCCAAGCGCAGUUAAAUGUUUUGCUUCUAGGUCUGAUUUUUCACCUUCGGCCGAGUAUUAAUUAAAAAAGCCUCACAUAAGUCUGCUUACAACCUUUUCUUAAGAAUCUCUGUGCGAGACAUCAAUAAACAACGCAAAUUC